GCUCUCCUAAACCCUUUCGCGCAUCUAAAUUUUCCCCCAAAAAGGAGAGGAGAGAGGAAAGGAGAGAAGAGGAGAAAGGGGGGCGAGAGAGAUGUCGUCGGAGCGGCGGCAGGGGCCUCCGAAGCACCAGAAUCGCUACGCCUGGAAGCCCAACGCCGGCCACAAGAUCAACGAAACGGAAUUGGGCGGCAGGUUCCGGCCCUACUCGGAGAUCACCGGCGUCUGCCCGCGCUGCCGAGACCAGAUCGACUGGAAGCGCAGGUACGGCAAGUAUAAGCCUCUCGUCGAGCCUGCAAAAUGUCAGAAGUGCGGGAAGCGGGCGGUGCGCCAGGCAUACCAUAACAUCUGCGCCGGAUGCUCCAAGGAACAUGGUUUGUGCGCUAAGUGUUGCACCCAUGUGGAUCAGACUGUGGGAAGGGACAUCUCUGAGGUUGAGUCCGAGCAAAAGAUGUUACAAGAGGCCGUUAAGAAUGCUAGAGAGAGGGAUAGAAGAACGCUUCUUCGUGCUGUGAACAAAUCCAAGGGUGGUGCUAGUGGGCCAGCGGUCACAAAAAUUGGAGAGAAGAGAGAGGGGGAUGUGUUUGCUGCUGCAUCAAUAGACGAAUAUGCUGAGCAAACAAGACAGCACGAGAGCGAAGAGGAUGACAAUGAGGUACUCUUAUGUCUUGUAAGUAAGAGUUGCGAAAGAGGAGCAGAUCAGUUUUGUAAUGCAGGGGCCUAUCUCCGCCAGAGAUAUUCUUUUCUGGUUAGCACAUGGAACUCUUUUCUGGUUAGCACUGUUCCAUGUGCUGUUCUCUUCUUAUUUGGCUGCUGAUACUUUGUUAACUGUGGAUCCGGAGGUGUAUCCCCAACCUAUGAAUCUUUCAAUUGGCCAAGGCUAUGAAGUGGAAUAUGGGGAGUAGCAAUGGAGUCUGAGAUGGGGAGAUGAAUACUCGCCAGAGGAAAUAAGGCGAUAUCUUAUCAAGCUUUGCAGGCCAAUAAGGUCCCCUUUCAACCUGACAAGCCUGGAAAUCCCUGUAUACGGGGCUCCGGAGGUAAUUCUUACUAUAGGGAUGGAGAAUAAAAUCAAGCUUGCUCCUUUUAUGGGUGGUUUGAAAUGAUCUAUGUAUGUUCCAUUUUCUUUAGGCGAUUUGGAUGUAUAAUUGCAUAAUGUGUCUUUCGGCAUGUGAAGUGGCAUGUGAAGUGAGUAUGUUUGUUUUUUAUUUCUGUUUUAUUUCAUUUUUUUCGCUUUUCCUCUA